GUCAAUUAAAGUAGUGGAUUUGUGAAGACCCCAAAAUGGCAACGACCAGCCAAGCUGGGGGUCCUGGAACAAUGGCACUGUUUAUUCUGUGUGCAUUGUUGCUGAAUGCUCCACCAAUCCAAGCAGCAACAAAAGGGGUGACUGCCAGCUUAAAUGCUAAGUGGCCAGCCACACCGCUUCUGCUGGAGACCAGUGAGUUCAUUGCAGAAGACAGUGAUGAAAAGUUCUGGCAGUUUGUGGACACUGUAAGAGAAUUGACAAUAUAUAGGAAAGCUGAUUCAGGGAGUUCUUACUACAGCUUGUUACUGAAGAAAGCUGCCCAAUUUGUAACAGAUCUUCAGAUUAAUCUGUUGAAGUUUGCUCUUGCUUUGAGAGUGUAUUCUCCAGCUGUGCAGAUGUUCCAGCAGAUUGCAGCUGAUGAACCACCACCUGAAGGUUGCAGUGCCUUUGUGGCCAUCCAUGGGAAACACACCUGCAGUGCUAAUGAGGUCAAGAAACUCCUGAAGAAGGCGGCCAGCAGACCCAAGCCAUAUUUGUACAAGAGUGACCAUACAUUUCCUGGGAUUAAUGGGGGAGAUCCCCCAGUUGUCAUCCUUUACGCUGAGCUUGGUACAAACUCAUUUAAUAACUUCCACAAGGUGUUGUCUGAGAAAGCUGAGAAUGGAGAAAUUGUCUAUGUGUUGCGCCACUUUGUUGCAUCUUCCAGUUCGGGUAAAAUGCAUUUGUCAGGAUACGGCGUUGAGCUUGCUAUUAAAAGUACAGAGUAUAGAGCUGUGGAUGACACCCAAGUGAAAGAUACAAACACGACUGUGCUUGAGGAUGGUGAAGAUGGUGAUGAAGUCCAAGGUUUUCUUUUUGAGAAUUUAAAGAAAGUGCAUCCCGAUAUGAAAGAAGAGCUUGGAGAGCUCAGAAAGCACCUCAUUGAAAGUACUAAUGACAUGGCCCCCCUGAAGGUCUGGGAACUUCAAGACCUUAGCUUCCAGGCCGCAGCUCGGAUUACCUCAGCCCCAAAAUAUGAUGCUAUGAAGUUAAUGAGAGAUAUAAGUCAAAAUUUUCCUACAAAAGCCAGAUCACUGACAAAAACUGUCGUAAACCAGGAAAUGAGAAAAGAAAUUGAGGAAAAUCAAAAGCACCUCACAGAAAGUUUGGGAAUUAACCCUGGUGAUUCUGCUUUAUUCAUUAAUGGACUUCAGAUUGAUUUAGACACUCAGAAUGCAUUCAGUGUUCUAGAUAUUAUACGGGGCGAAGGUAAGACCAUGGAGGGUCUUCAUGACCUUGGUAUCAAGAACAAUGAUCUGAGUAAACUGCUGAGGCUUGCUGUUCAUCCACCGGAGGAUAGCUUUGCUCUGGACAUUCGCCAUCCCGCAGUCAUGUGGGUCAAUGAUAUUGAAACAGACCACUUGUACCAGUCCUGGCCUUCUAGUUGUCAGGAGCUUCUAAGGCAGACUUUUCCAGGUGUAAUACGCCAAAUCAGACGAAACUUUUUCAGUUUGGUGUUGUUCAUCCAUCCUGCUCAAGAAGAAACAGUUGAACUAGUUAAACUAGCUGAACUUUUCUACCAGCACAGGAUUCCUCUCAGGAUUGGGUUUGUAUUCGUUGUCAACACUGAUGAGAAAUGUGAUGGUAACAAGGACGCUGGUGUUGCCCUGUUUAGAGCCUUGAACUACAUAGCAGAGGAGUAUGACUUUGCACAGGCAUUUUCUUCCAUGGUUUCUAUAUACAAUAAAGUGAAGAGUGGAGAUGUGUUGACUGUGGACAGAGUGGUUGGGUUUCUGAAGAAGAAGUACCCUCGUGCUGAUGCUUUGAGAAUCAUUGGCUUGGAUUCCCAAUAUGAUGACAAAAGGAAGGCAGGUGGAAUUUUCUACAGGAAGAGUGGGCUGGGUGCUCUCCCACAGGCCUUGUUCAAUGGAGUUCCAUUCAGCAGUGAAGAAAUGGACCCUGAGGAGCUGGAGACCGUUCUUCUCCAACGCAUCGUGGAGGCCACAGGCUUCUUGCAGAGAUCCGUCUUCAUGGGUCAGUUGACUGAUGAAACAGAUGUGGUGGAGUAUCUUAUGGACCAGCCCAAUGUGGUUCCUCGUAUUAAUGCGCUGAUUCUGAGUUUAAGAAGGCGAUACCUGGAUCUCACUGCAAAACCAGCUAUACAAGACUGGUAUGACACUUCCACUUUCUCCUUCCUUGAUUCCAUAGACAAGACUGCUGUUAUUGCAGCAAACAUGAAAUACCUCACGAAGAACGAUGAGGAUAUAAUUUAUGCGGGGAGCAUCUGGAUUAUUGCUGAUUUUGACAUGCCGUCUGGGAGAAGACUGCUGUCUAAUGCAUUGAAACACAUGAAAAGCAGCAGCAACACUCGUAUCGGGGUGGUGAGUAACCCAGCCGCCAAACCCACAGAAGAGAACACUGUGAUUGCAAGGGCUAUUAUGGCAGCUAUCCUCACACAGAAAAAAAAGGAGGCGUUUCAUUUCGUAAUGAAACUCAUCAAGGAAGAAAGCGUACAAGCACUUGCACAAGGAACUAAAAUGAAGGAUUUAGUCAUCCAGGGGAUGGAUAACGAUGGCUUUGAGAAGAAGCACAACACACUGGGAGUGGAUUUCAUCCGUACCCAACAGUUGUUCUGCCAAGACGUUGUCAAGCUGCAGCCUGGUCAGAUGGCUGUUGUGAUCAAUGGACGGAUUUUGGGACCGUUUGAUGAAAAUGAAGAAUUUCAUGCAGAAGAUUUUCAUUUGUUGGAAAAGAUAACUUUUAGCAGUUCCACAGAGAAGAUCAAAGUUAAAGUCAAGCAGAUGGGAAUGAAGGCAAAACAGGCCAGUGAUUUGGUUAUGAAAGUGGAUGCACUCUUGACAUCAGCCCCCAAGGGAGAAACCAGGAGAGAUGUCAGGUUUAUUAAAGAUGAACUGAGUGUAGUACAGCUACCACCUCGAGAAGAUGAAGUUUACUAUGAUGUUGUAGCGGUUGUGGAUCCACUCACCAGGGAGGCCCAGAAAGUGGCGCCUUUAUUGAUCGUACUUGGCCAAGUUAUCAAUAUGAAGCUGCGGGUGUUUAUGAACUGCAAGCCCAAGCUUUCGGAGAGGCCUCUGAAGAGCUUUUAUCGCUAUGUUUUGGAGCCUGAUGUGACAUUUUUGGCCAACAACACCCUGUCUCCAGGGCCUGUGGCAAAGUUUCUAGAAAUGCCUGAAUCUCCUCUUCUCACGCUCAACAUGAUCACACCAGAGAGCUGGCUGGUGGAAGCUGUGCAAAGCUCACAUGACCUUGAUAACAUCCACCUGCAGGAGAUUGACAGCAUUGUGAAAGCAGAAUACGAACUGGAGUACCUGCUGCUUGAAGGGCAUUGCUUCGAUGUGACAACUGGGCAGCCUCCCCGUGGGUUACAGUUUACUCUGGGAGUAAAAAUGGCCCCCCUUAUACAAGACACCAUAGUGAUGGCCAAUCUGGGCUAUUUUCAAUUAAAAGCAAAUCCUGGUGCCUGGAGCUUAAGGUUACGUAAAGGAAGAUCAGAAGAUAUCUAUCAGAUAUUUGCUCAUGAUGGCACAGAUUCACCUGCUGAUUCUGACAAUGUCAUUGUUGUGUUGAAUAGUUUCCACAGCAAAAUCAUCAAUGUAAAGGUGCAGAAAAGGGCAGAUAAAAUAAACGAAGAUCUGCUCAGUGAUGGAACAGAGGACAAAGGACUAUGGGAAUCAAUUACAAGCUUGUGGAAGUCUAUGAAGGAAAGUUUCACAGGAGGAUCUCCUUCGGAUGAUGCCAAAAAGGAGAAAGCGGAUAUUCUGAACAUAUUCUCAGUUGCAUCGGGACAUUUGUAUGAGCGCUUUUUAAGAAUAAUGAUGCUUUCAGUUUUGCGACACACCAAAACGCCCGUCAAGUUUUGGUUCCUGAAAAACUACCUGUCGCCAAUGUUUAAGGAAUCGAUUCCACACAUGGCCAAAGCAUAUGACUUUCAGUAUGAGUUAGUGCAGUAUAAGUGGCCUCGCUGGCUCCACCAGCAGACCGAGAAACAGAGGAUCAUCUGGGGACACAAGAUCCUGUUUUUAGAUGUGCUGUUCCCUCUGGCUGUGGAUAAAAUCAUCUUUGUGGAUGCUGAUCAGAUUGUGAGGGCUGAUUUGAAGGAGCUGAGGGACCUGGAUCUGAAGGGCGCCCCAUACGGUUACACCCCAUUCUGUGACAGUCGCAAGGAAAUGGACGGGUACCGCUUCUGGAAGUCAGGAUACUGGGCGUCUCAUUUAGCAAACCGGAAGUAUCACAUCAGUGCCUUGUACGUCGUUGACCUAAAGAAGUUCAGAAAGAUUGCUGCUGGAGACAGGCUCAGGGGUCAGUAUCAGGCACUCAGUCAGGACCCAAACAGCCUGUCUAAUCUGGAUCAGGACCUACCCAAUAACAUGAUCCACCAGGUGGCCAUCAAGUCUCUUCCACAGGAGUGGCUGUGGUGUGAAACCUGGUGUGAUGACCACUCCAAGAAGACUGCUAAAACUAUUGAUCUGUGCAAUAAUCCAAAGACGAAAGAGCCCAAACUGAAGGCGGCUAUGAGGAUAGUGCCAGAAUGGGUGGAGUAUGAUAAUGAAAUAAAGCACUUGCUGAAGCAGCUUGAAGAACAGAAAAAUAUACAGGUCAACCGGCACGCAAAGUCAAAAGCUAACAAAGGUGUCCAACGUGAUGAACUUUAGCAUUUGUUCUUAGAGUAUGGAAGAACUGGAGCCAGCCUUUCUACAACGCUUGAAGAUUUCCUCAGUGUACAGAUAUAAAGUAUCCGGAGACGAUCCUGGUUACAGAAUACUGACAAAAGACAUGUUUAUACAAUUUUCUGAAUGAGUAUAUUGUAGGUUGAGCAAUACAUACUUUAGAAGUAGUUUAAUUGUGUAUUAUUCCGGCCACAAUGUGACCACUGACUGCUUUUAUACUGUACGUGCUUUGAAAGACACUGUUUUGUUUUUACAGAUGGCAAGUAGUUUACAUGUUUGCACUGAUGUAAGUAGCAGUUCAUUGCACCUGAAUUCCUGAUAGCAUUUCUGUUAACAACAACAGCAUGUUUUUUCUUAAUGAAAGAAAGCAGCACUCAUGAGGAUCCAGCUCAAUUUGUAGUUUUUUUUGUUUGUUUGUAAACAGCAGGUAACAAACAAGAUUAUAUAUACAAGAAAAUACAGCACACAAGAAAUACAGAAAUAUUACAACCAGAUCAUAAAUAGGAGCAAUAAAGUGAUGUUUGUAGUCUUGCAUAUCAAUGGAUACUAUUAAAAAUGCAAUAUUUAUGUUCCAGUUUCUGUAUUGUAACAGAUACCAAAGACAACAUAUGCUUGUUAAGAAGUGUUUUUGAGUUUCAGAUUAACUUUCCUGGAAAAAAAAAUAAAGCAGAUCUGGCAGAUUAUAUGCAUAACCACCUGCUGCUUCAGGUAGAAACGGAAGCCUGUCUUUUUAGUUCACAACAUGGCAAAAAGGCUUUAGGGAGAGAGGGAGAGCCUACCUUUAGAGAAUGCCAAAGGUCUGUUCCAGGUUCUUAUUAAGUAGAAUAUACAGUAGGAAAACACAACGAGAAAAUGUAGUAAGCAUUCACCAGGGAGCAUAUAUGAGUAUAAAAUGUAAUGUGAUUCUAGUGCACCAAGGAAAGAAAAAUAUGACUUUAAAAGUUUGACUGUUGACUGGUUUAUGUAGUGCUCUUUAGUGUUAGUGAAGAUCUAUAGGUCUGUUGUCUGUACAGAGAGCAGGUCAUUUGACUUAAUCCCACUGGCUGACAUUGAGCUGAAGUCCUUCAGAAUAUGUUUUAAUUUUUUCUCUUGUUCAGCGCAACUUUUUGUGAAAGGUGCUAUAUAAAAAAUAAAGAUUGAUUGAUUGAAUAUUACUAAAAAUAACUUGUUGGACCAAUGAGUUCUGACCUUGUGUACGUGCUCUGGGUUCAAACUUAGCACAGCAGUCUUUAGCUUGUCAUUUCAGUUACACCUAGCUUCUCUAUAUUCACAAUAAUGCGAACAAUGUUAUUACAACUGCAGAAUUCUUCAGUUCUGUCUGUUUCUUGGACUGUACUCUUUUGAACUGGCCUUACUGGCUAUUGUGAUUCUCAUCCCAAGUUGGUCUUUCCUUUAUCACGAUCUCCAUCGAUCCAUCCAUUACCAUUAACCGCUUACUCCUUUACAGGGUCGCGGUGAGCCGGUGCCUAACCCGGCAUACACAGGGUGCAAGGCGAGACUACACCCUGGACGGGACGCCAGUCCAUCGCAGGGCACCACACACACACACUCAUACAGAGGGCAAUUUAGAGUGACCAAUCAACCUGAACAGCAUGUCUUUGGACUGUGGGAGAAAACCCACGCGAACACGGGGAGAACAUGCAAACUCCACACAGACAGUACCGUAGGCCAGAUUCGAACCUAGGACCCUGGCGCUGUGAGGCAGCAGCGCUAACCACUACGCCACCGUUAUCACAAUCUAAUAAAUGAAAUGUACAUGCAGUGCCUGUAGAAUAUUUCUAUUAAGCUUGUCACUGAUUUUGGUGUCUGUAAAGAUGCCUCAAAGAAAAAGGUGUGCUGUUGCUUCAGGGCACAACUCCAAAAUGAAUUGGAAUUACAGAAGAUUAUGAGCUGUCAUGUUUUAGGAAUGACAAGGCUGUUUUACUUCAGCACUCUUGAAUGAAAAUGAAAAUUCCAGUGUGCUGUCAGUUUCAUUUCGGGAGAGUGUCGCUAUGCAUGUGUCUUUCGUUAUACCAGAUCAUGGUUUUUCUCUUUUUUUCAAGUUUAAAGCUACAUGUUUUAAUUGCUCGUCUCACAGCACACCUGUGAUUGUGAAGUACCCUUUUACACGACUGGUUGAUGAUGCUUCCAACAUGUAGUUUAUUCAUUUGAGCAUCAUGGGAGGAAAUAUUUUGUUGGAUUCAAUAUAUUGUGAAUUCUCAGUAUUCAUAGGGGUCUUAGGAGCAAUCUCAGUGAAAAUAAGAUUGUAGAACAGAUUUUAAGCAUCUAUAGUACCUUUUCAACAUACUGUGAAUAUACCUACAUUUUUUUUUAAAAUAUAUCUUCACAACCGCUACUUUAAAACUUACUAUCAAAUGCAGUUCGAAAAAAAAUAUUUCACGGUGACCUAAAAACCAUGACGAGGUGAAUGACAAUGGCCUAUCACAGUGUCAAGUGAGGCUGUUAUUGGUCGACUUCACAAGUGCAUAUCAGACCCUGCUUAGUUCAGAUUCGCUUAAGGACAAGAUAAGAGUAUUUCUACUACUAUAUGAUUAUUAAUGUAGACUGAACUUAUUUUAACUGUCCAAGAAACUAGGAAUAAAAGGUAGUGCUCAAAAACUAUUUCCCACAGCCCAAUUCAUACCUCUCCUAUUGUCACUGCCUCUAUGCUUGCUGUCCCAGGUUAGCUAUAUUUACUACAAUGACGGAAUAAUAAUCAUUUUUUAAAUUUCUAUACGCAGACUGACAUUAUAAAGUAUACUCGCAGGAGCAUUAAACCAUUGAUUUUACACACUAAGACUAGAAAGUCAAAAUACAUUGAAAAGUGGUUGUACAAAAGGAGCCAACAUUGAUCAAUAUAACCUUGUUUUGUCACUUUUCUGAUCCUCAGGGAAAUAAAUGUUCAAAUGUAGCCCUCGGCAACAAUCCCUAUUUAUACUUUAUGUAAGCAUAUACUGUAUAUGUAUGUACAUUUAAAUAUUAUCACUUUAAAAAUAAAAAAUAAAUGUAAGAAAAUAAGUA